AUGGACGUCGAUUGUGUUCUAAGCGCCGGGGACGUCAACGCCAUCAAAACUGCGUUGCAGUCGCAAGGAUGGUGGCCAGCAUUCACUAUCGGUUUCAUCGCUGGUGGAUUCUGUUUUGUGUUCUUCGACUACUUACACCCAUUUGUGCGAUCGGUUUUCGACAAAUUGAAGAAACACAAGCCCGAGGCCGUGCCCAUGGAUUUACUUGCUUGA